AUGUCUUAAAAGUCGAAACCAGCUAUGUGUUUGGGCGAAUGAGAAAAAUGAGAGGCCGAGGCCUAAUCAGUCCCCCGAAAAGCCGAUUUUCUGUCACAGAAUCCGACUCACAAAAUAAUGCCGCCGCCAAUCCGCCGUCGAUGCCCAAUUACAUGUCAGCAACCCGGCGAUCCACGGCGGCGAGGGUGGUCAAUCCCAAACAGCAGCAGACCACUCACACAAAACCCACUUUUGGUUCUAAUGCUAUUCGUGCAACCAAAAACAGUUCGCCAAAACCCACCCCCGUCGUGCCUUCCCGGCGGCGGCCCACAUGGGCGCCAAAUAAUCCUAACGGCCACAACGACAAUUCCACCACCAAAUUAACGAUCGCUAAAAUUACCACAAGUAGAAACUCGAACGUUAAUGGAGUUCAACAACAACCGCGUGGGCCAACACUAAUUUCCGUUGCUUCUGGUUCCAGCCAUGGAUCGGGUCAUCACCAAGAUGCGAACAACAAUAACAUUGAAGGCGAAGAAGAAGAUUCUACUACAGUGAUCGGUCAUCCUCAUGUUAUCAAUCAAUUACAACAGCUUUCUAUAGACGGUAAACAUCAUGCGAAGAUGGUGUUUCGUGCAAAUUCCAUGGAUGAAUCUGUCGGCCCAUAUACAAAGGAAGAAUGUUCUCCUCAAAGCAAUGCUGAGAGAAUAUUGGAAAUUUACAAGGACAUUGCAUCUCAUCGUCAAGGAAACUCAUCCAUUACAUCUUACUUCACAAAGCUAGAGACAUUAUGGGAAGAACUUGAAACUUACAGUGAUCUGCCUCAAUGUUGUUCCUACAGUGCAACAGAUCAGAAGCCAAGUAAGCUUGUGGAGAGGGAAAAAGUUAUGCAAUUUCUUGUGGGGUUAAACGAUUCAUAUUCCACCAUCUGCUCCCAAAUCCUUCUUAUUCGCCCAUUUCCAACGGUGGAGAAAGCCUAUUCCAUUAUAAUAAUGCAAGAAUAAAAACAGAGAAACAUUGUUUUGUCGUUAAAAAUUGUUGCAGAAAUAGUAAUGCUUCUGUGCGAUGUUGAAGAUAUUUAGCUCAAAUAAAUUUCAAGUUAAUUAUGUUUUUUUCUCUUUUAUCCAUA